CAAUUCAACAAACCAAAAGUAACUCCCCAAGUCUUCCUAUAUAACCCCUUCUUCCCCCACUCUCAUCUCCCCAACCAUUUGUUUUUUCACCUCACCUCGCACUACAACCUUAAUUAAUUCCUCUGUUCCUCGUUCCUAAGCUCUGCGAAACAUAUAGAUGGGUUUUGAUGAUGUCUGUAGCACCGGCCUUGUCUUGGGAUUAGGCUUUUCGUGUUCCGAUCAGGCCUCCAAGGUUGACAAGCCCGCCAGGAAACCGGCGGCGGCGAUGAGCUUCGAGCCGUCCUUGACGCUCAGCCUGUCCGGUGAAACGUUUGAUCGUCAGGCCGCGGCGGUUAAGAAGGUGGCCGCGGCGGCGGUUGUUGCGAACAAGGUUUGUGUAGAUCAUCAGUCCGCUGAUUUGUACCGACAGGACAGUGCGGCUUCCUCGUACUCCAACGCUAGCGUGAAGCGGGAGAGAGAGAGUGAGGAGGCGGAGAUGGAGAGAGUCUCGUCGAGAGUCAUCAGCGACGAGGAUGACGACGGCGGUAACGGCCGGAAGAAGCUCAGGCUCACCAAAGCACAGUCCGCGCUUUUGGAAGAAAGCUUCAAACAACACAGCACUCUCAAUCCGAAACAGAAGCAAGAUCUAGCCAGGGAACUCAGUCUCAGGCCCCGACAAGUGGAAGUCUGGUUCCAAAACAGACGCGCCAGAACGAAGCUGAAGCAGACAGAAGUCGACUGCGAGUUCCUGAAGAAAUGUUGCGAGACGCUAACCGACGAGAACCGGCGGCUACAGAAGGAGGUCCAGGAGCUGAAAGCCCUGAAGCUAGCGCAGCCGUUCUACAUGCAGCUGCCGGCGGCGACUCUCACGAUGUGCCCUUCCUGCGAGAGAAUCGGCGGCGCCGCCGUGGAAGCCUCCAACAAGAGCCCUUUUACCAUGGCUCCAAAGCCUCAUUUCUUCAACCCCUUCACCAACCCCUCCGCAGCCUGUUAGUUGCUUUACGUGUUUUAACCAAUCAUCAUCACCUCCGCCCUGCCCUGCUUCCCAUAAUUUCAUCAUCAAAAAAAAAAAAAAAAUCAUUAUAAAUAUCAUAGUGGAUAUAUAGUACAAUCUGAAACGUCCCCCCCACCCACCUUUUUUUGGUGAGGGCUUGUGAUCAUCCCAAAAUGGUAAUUAGCUAGCUAGCCGCUGUUAAUUAGUUCAUCUGUAGAAACAUCCCAAAAAAAUAGAGAUUACUAAUCAAUCUCCCUCUUUGUUUCUUUGUCAUAUUAAUUAGAAGAUCAUAUGUUUUUGUAAAUCUUAAUUAAUGGAUUAUAUUAUACAUAUAUGAAUUGAAUGAAGUGAUUAUUGCCUUAA